AUGGCCGAGAAUGUACCGCCUGCCACUGCGAGCAAGCCCGCGUCGGCCAGUGCUGAUCGCCCCGGCCUCCCAUAUUACGAGAAACUGCGCCGUGACUUGCGGGACACUCUCCAGAAGAAGAGGCUUCUAGACCGUAACCUAGCGGCUAUCGAAGACCAGAUUUAUCGACAAGAGUCGACCUACCUCGAGGAGACAUCCGUCGCAGGCAAUAUUGUGAAAGGAUUUGACAACUACAUCAAGGCAUCUGCGGUAUCAGCCGCUGCAAGUUCGGCAGGAGGUACCGUUUCUGGGAGCGCAGUUGGUGGUGGACUCGGCGCAGGACGUCGGAAAGCCGUGAUUAACGAGACUGAUCGCGUGUUCACGAGAAGCUCAGUAUCAUACAUGCGGGAUUCAGAUUCGCCUAGCAGCGCUACGAGUACGCCACAUGCCGGCACCCCGACAGCGAGCUUUACCACCGAGAAGGCGGAUAAGAAGAAGAAAAAGAGUGCCUCCGCUAACGACGAUGACACCGAUGCAAGAUCAAACAAACGCCAGAAGAUUACUUUCGGAGGAUCACGAAAGGGCCAUGACGAUUGA